ACCAGCCUGCAACAGGCACAGCCAUGAAUAAAACCAUGUCGGCGCCAUUGUCGGCACGGACGCCGCGCCAGCGCUCCAAAACGUUGCAGCAGCGUGAGGAGCCAAUGACGCCAAGGAUAGUGGCCUUUCAGAACAUGGGCGACUUCACCCAUCAGGUGGACUCGGUCGUGCCGGUGGAUGAGCCCUUGUUUCAAGCAACCCCGCCAGAGAUUCGCUUUUCCGACUUCGAAUGCCUGCAAAGUCUGGAUGCCACCCUGCACUUGCGCAACCAGGACAACGUUGCUAGGAGAGUGAAGGUCCUGCAGCCCGAUAGCACCUUCUUCAAGGUAUUGCCUGGAAAAGGUCGCAAGGCCAAUGGGGAAGGAGACAACAAGGUUGCUCCUGGCAUGGAGGUGUCGUACAUAGUGCGUUUCACACCAGACCAGCAGGUAGAGGACUACUCCUAUGACCUGGUCGUUGUGACAGAGCGUGAGCGCUUCAUCGUGACGAUCCGGGCGACGGGUGGCAGCGCCAUGCUGGACAUGCCGACUGAGCUGGACUUCGGUUUGUCGCCGGUAAAGUACGAGGCGUUGAAGACGAUCAUGGUCCGCAAUGUCGGAGAGAAGCCCACCAAGUUUUUGCUGAAAGUGCCACCGCCCUUCAGCACGUCUAUUCAAGACGGGUACUUGGAAGUGGGUGAGACCAUGCAGGUCGAUGUUGUGUUCAGACCAGACAAGGCUGAGCCCUACGAGCGAGAUAUGCUUGUUGUCUAUGGCGAUGGCCUGGAGUCGCAUAUGGCGCUGAAAGGGAGGGCAGAGAAUGUCAAUGUGACCUUCUCCGCGAAUCAGCUUCAGAUGGAGGACACCUUCAUAGCGCUGUCUACGCAGAAGACCAUUGUCAUCCACAACAACUCAGAGAUACCCGUGGAUUUCAGUUGGCGUGCCUUUCCUUCCAUCCAAGAGGAGAUUGGUCAAAAGCUGAAGCUGCAGGUCCAGCUGAAGCAGGAAGAGCACGAAGAGGCUGCCGCCUUGCAAGAACUCGGAGACGAUUCAGAGGAGGAGUCCCUGAGCGAGUCAUCUGAUGAAUAUGAUGCCAGGUUCUCCUCGCUCAAAGGCGUGGAGCUUGCACAGGGGGCUCUUCAAAGAAGAUACAAGAACAUCGCAAAGGCGAUCCUGGAGGAUCCGAUGUUUUUCUACGAUGAGAUCUUUGCGGUGGAGCCUCUGUCUGGGCGCAUUUGGGCAAAGUCCAAAGUGGCCAUCACCUUCACCUUCACGCCCAAGGCGGCGUUGAAUUAUCAAUGCCUCGCUUAUUGCUCUGUGGUCGGUCGCGCCGAGCGCCUCCCGCUGCUCCUCAAGGGAACCGGGAUCGGGCCGAAGGCAGCGUUCUCCUAUGAUGAGCUGGAUGUCGGCGACAUUUUUGUGGAGUCAGUCCACCAGUAUGAGGUGAACCUGAUCAACCAGGGCGACAUUGAUGUGGAGUUUCGCCUUGUGCCGAACACCUCGCCCUUUGGGUCCAAGUUCACCUUUCUGCCCAGCGACGGGCGCCUGGAAGUGGGCGGCCAAUGCACGAUUGUCGUGGAGGUUUGCCCAGAUCUCCUGGGUGAAUUUCAAGAGACCUUCUAUUGGGAGCUGGUGGGCAGCACUUCAAAGAUCGGCCUCAGCUUCCGGGGUCAUUCCGUCUCUCCAACAUUCCAUUUUGACUUGGACCGAAUCUCCUUCGGAGUCGUCAGCUAUGGUUUCCUGAACUCAAAGACGCUGACCCUGACCAACACCUCCGAGGUGCCUAUGCGCUUUGCGCUGCGGAUUCCUGGUGAUGGCCGCUUCACGCAGCGGGAGUUCGACGUGAUCCCGCCGAAGGGCACUUUGCUUCCGAACUGCUCCCAGAAAGUUCAGAUCGACUUCAUUAGCAUGAAUGUGAAGUCGUACGAUCUCUGCCUGGUAGUGGACUUGGAUGGCGUGGGUCAGGAGCUUGCGAGCAUCCCCAUCCAAGCGCGCUGCGCGGUUCCACAAGUGACUCCCGAGCCAGCGGAGCAUCUAGAGUAUGGUGACAUCUUUAUUCGGUACCCUUCUCACCAGACGCUGGUGCUCAAUAACACCUCUGCCCUUCCUGCGAAGUUCCAGAUCAUGCCCCAAGAUGAAGCCACGCGCUCCAUUGCAGAGUUUGAGCCGGACCAGUCCUUCGGAUCCGUGCCUCCGUCGUCCUCUCACGUCUUGACGUUCACCCUCACCUCGCAGGUCAUCGGCACGCUCCAGAUCCCCAUCACCAUCCGCAUUCUCGGGCACAACUCUGCAAGCACCGUGACAUUGAUCGCCAACACCAUCGGACCGAUCGUCAAUGUCGAGCCUAGUGUGGUUGAUUGGGGGAAUGCGCAGUGCCUGGAACCCAUCACCCGGUCGGUGCUGGUCAGCAACAACUCCGUCAUUCCCGCCUCAAUUCGCUGCAUCAUGAAGACGAAGAAUUCACUCUGGACACUGUCACCCAAAGCGAUGGAACUGCCACCUCAUGGCUCGGCCAAUUUGAACAUGACACUGACCAUUGACGAGGUGGCAAAGAUGACUGACAUUGUCCAUGUCAUUGUCCAUGAAAGCAACGACGUGGCAGCCACUGUGCGUGCCAAGGGUGUUGGCACCCCUGUCAUGUGCAGGGAAUCGCUGGAAUUGAUCGAUUUCGGCACCCAGUACACCACGCAGACUCACUCCAAGGAGUUCAUCAUUGAAAACCGAGGGCGCCAGCCAAGAAAACUCAUUUGGGCGCUGGAGUCCCAAGACUUGAAGCGCAAGGAGCGUAAGGCGCCAGGCAAAGACGCCCCGGAAGGCGACCCCUUCGUCUUCGCCGUGGUGCCGGACACCAUGACGUUGGAUGGGAAGUGCGCCUUCCGCUUCGUUUUCAACGCCUCCAGCCCAAAGCCGGGGAUGCUCACCGACACCCUGAUCUGCACAGAGCUCUGUGGCAACGACCGGAAGGGCAACGUGAUCUUCCGCUCCGAGCUGCGCGGAAACUUUGUGCUGCCGCUGCUGGAGCUGUCGACCACCACAGUGUCUUUCCGCUACCUGUGGGAGCGCAAUUGCCCUCUGCACCCGCUUUCGGAGCAGCUGGUGUUGAAGAACAUUUCGCCGCUCGAGGUGCGCUUCUUUAUCAAAGUCCAGCCGCCGUUUUACGUGAACAUUGACACUUGCUUUCUCAGACCGGACGAGACCAUCGAGAUUCGCGUGGAGUUCGACCCCGCCUUCAAGGUGGACCGCGUGUGUGGGGUGGUGAAGCAGAAACUGACGAUCGUGUACCAGGACCACCCGCAGAGGGAUCACGUCAGCUUGCAUGGGGAGGUUAUCUUCCCGAACCUCACCCUAAGCAACAAUAAGCUGGAUUUCGGCUCGGUCCUGAACGAGACGACAAAGCAGCUUACCAUCACCAUGGCGAAUCCUAAUCCGUUGCCCGUGAAUUUCCAAUGGUCCUUUGUCGAGGAAGCUGACAUGAGUGAUGAAGAAUAUAACAGGGCGACGGCUGGUUCGGGCGCCUCACCAUUGGCUGGAACCAUCAUGAGCGCCUCCAACUCGUACGCUUCAGGCUUUCCUCAGAAGCAGAUGACUCAGACGCCCUCUGUCCACUCUUCUGAGCAGACCAUGGAGGUCAGCAACGCGCAUCGAAUGUCCCAGGUGGCAGAGGUGCCCCCUGCCAAGUCGCGGGCACGCCCGGCGGUGGAUAUCAAUCAGAUCUUCGACAUCCUGCCGAUUAUGGGCAUAUUGGAGCCGGGCCAAUCGCAGGAUAUCACCUUUACCUAUUUUGGCAUGAAGAACCAGAAGUUUGACUGCGCUGCCGUGUGUCAAACUGAAGGGGGUCCUGAGUACGAGGUGUCUCUGAAGGGCCAGGCGUCCAAGCUGGACUUCCGGCUGGACAAGACGGAGCUGGACUUUGGGGAGGUGCCCUACACGGAGGUGCAGGAAAGAGAGGUGAUCCUGGCCAACAGCGGCAAGGUGGCCUUUCACUUCAGCUGGAACCUCUGCGCCCUUUCCCGGCCGGCCGUCUUGGAUUGCUGGCCGAUGUCGGGGCAGAUCAAUCCUGGAGACAAGGAGAAGAUCAUCAUUCGAUUCCGGGCAGGUGUUCCGGACGAAGUCUCCGAGGUGGCCUUGUUGGAGGUGGCGCACUUCGAGCGGCAGCGGAUCCACGUGCGAGGUCACGGCAUCUUCCCAGGCGUUCUCCUGAUGCAAGGGGCAACCCCUGAUGUGCCCAAGAGCCUGGAGAGGUGUGACGAGGAUGGCCAUGCAACCAACAGGGAGCUCGCGUUGCAGCGUCUACUGACCAAUGGCCCGCCGCCACAAGCAGCUUGCGUGUCCACGGCCUCGCAAAGCCUGCAGAGCGCCGAGCACGACACGUCGGCAGACAGCCUCGCGCAGUGGCAGCCAGAGCCGCAGGUAGUCGAGUUUGAGGUUGAUCGCCAUUUCAUCUGCCAGACGCUGUUGGCCAUUGAGAAGGAGCAAUGGCCGAAGCACUUGGAGAAGCAUGCCAAGGAAAUGAGCCAAGCUCAGCAGAAAGGUUCCGCCCGAGGUUCGGCGCGUGCUCGGGCUGAUUGGCGGCCCAUGUUGGAGCUGCCCCCAGUCACAGCGGCGUACUACUGCUGCAACUUUGGCCACAUUGUGCUGGGCCACUCCGGGAAGAAGGUGAUCUCCGUAUACAACAGCUUCCAUGAGAACGUAACUUUCAACAUCAGCAAGCGCCUCUUGAACCAGCACGGCUUCCAGAUCAGUCCUGAGAAGGUUGGGAAGCUCCCUCCCGGGAAGCAGAUAAAGCUGGAGAUCACUUGCUUCAGAGACAGGACGGGCGAGGAAGGCAAGCAGGAGACCAACUGGAUCAUUCCCGUUCGCGGCGGGCCAUCCUAUGAGGUGAAGUUGAUGAGCGAGUUUGUGCGGCCCGACCUGGAGCUGUCCUCCGACGCCAUCGACUUUGGCCAUGUACUGGUGGGACAGGUGAAGCGCAUCACCAUGAGGCUGCGAAAUGUCAAACCUGUGGUCGUGUGCUGGGACUACAAAGUUCCGGAGAAGUUGGGCAAAGCCGUCGAAUGCGCUUACUUGCUCCAGCCACCUUCCGGCAGGAUCGCCCCGGGUGAGUCGCAGCUGGUCACGGUGAGCUUCACGCCGACAGCCUCCAAGCCCUUCAUCCAGAAGCUGGCACUACGCAUUCUGGACAACCCCAACAGAAAGCCACUGGUGCUGCGUGGACAUGGAGAUGGCCUGAGGGUCACGGCCGAACCCUCCACGAGCUACGAGCUGGGGCCAGUCUUGCCCGGGACGGACGACUGCGCACAGGAGAUCUUCCUCUGCAAUCCGACUGACUACGCCAUCGAGGUGUACAGCGUGGACUUCGAUCACGCAUAUUCGGAGGAGGAGCAGCUGCUGCAGAUGUACGACCAGUACGAGGGCGGCAAGGUGGAGCUGCCGGUGCGCGGGCCCGGGGCGCCCACGUGGCCUGCGGUGGUGCGGCACGGGCGCCACGUGCGGCGCCAGGAGCUGCUGCGGCAGCGCCAAGAGAAGGAGGAGCAGAAGGCGGCCGCCCGGCAGGAGGCCGCCGAGCGAGUGGAGGCCGCACAGCAGGCGGUGGCAGCGCUGGAGGGAGCUGAGGACGCCGAGGCUCAAGAGAAGGCGGCUGCUGAAUUGAGCGAAGCAGAAGCGGCUUUGGCGGAAAUAGAUGCCACACCAGAGGAAGAACCUUUGCCGGAGGAGGAGUCAGUCGAAGAAGCAGAGGUGGUUCAGCAGCCUGAGAUGGACCCGGCCGACUUCCCGUACAGGGUUCCGGAAGAGGACCGGCUCCACGUCCUGGUGAUCGGCCCCGAGACGAAGGGUAAGCUGGCGGCGCGCCUGGAAGAGCAAGGCCGCAAGCUGCUGGCGCUGGACGCUGUUGUGGAUUGGGCGCUGUCAGGCCCGCCAUCUUUGGAGGGGCCCGAAGAGGAGGCGAGGCGAGAUCGACUGCGCCAGCUGAUGGCGACGCAAGACGAAGAGCACGAAAAAGCAGAGAAGGACCGCGAAAAGCAAGCUCAAAAAGCAAAGCAAGAGUACGUGCCUCAAGCUGUGCAGUACGAGCUGCCCAUCAACGAUGUUGUCUAUUUCCUCAAAGUUCGGGUGCAGCUUCCAGAUUGCAAUGCCUGCAUGGUGUUUGAUGGCCUUGAGAGCAAGUACCUUUCUCCCGAGCAGUCGGCGCAGGCGCUGGUCGCUGCACUCUGGCCCGAGCGCCUGCUGGUGCUGGGCUUCUCCGCGCUGCGCGGGGAGCCGUCGCCCGUGACGUUGGGGGAAGGACACCUACCAAAGCCAGAGAGUCCAGAUGGAGAUGCUCCAGAGGAGGGCGGAGAGGUGCCGCUGAUGGAGCAGCCCAGUGGAUUGGUUGCGGCACUGGAGGCCGCAGUGGCAGAGGUGCAGAAGAAGCACGCCGAGCCUGUCGAGGCUGCGGUUGUGGAGAAUGCCGAGGGCACCGAGGCUGCCGCGCCGGAAGCGGACGGCGCAGAAGCCGCAGAAGGACUGGAGAAGGAGAAAGAGGGCGCCGAAGAAAAGGGUGAUGAACCUCAAGGAGUAGAAGAGAGCGCACCUGACCCGGUUCUGGAGCGCCCGCCCUUUGCCCAGUUCAUUCCGAUCAGCUUGGAGGCAAGCUUCGAGGAGGGUGAAGAGUGUCCACAGCUCCAAUGGGUGCCGGCGCCCUUGAUCCCCACUGAGCCCCCCAUCCCGCCGACUUCCUUCGCGCAGGUGGUCGAGAAGCCGCACCUUCGCUUGCCCAGGGCAUCUGUGGAGAACUUCCGGUUGAUCACGCCAGAAGAGGCAGUUGACGAAGGUGCUGAAGCCGCAAGGACCGAAAGCAAGAAGGUGCCCGAGAAAGACAAAGCUCCGGCUGCGCCGGAGGAGAGAAUGGAGCCAACCCGAUGGCUUAUUGAGCCGCAUGGCCGCGUGCGCCUGCUCGUGAAGUUCUUCUCCGAGGAGAUUGGCGCCUAUCAAGCAUCUCUGGGCUUUGAAGUGGUUGGAGGCAUCCAUGGCAACGCGCCCGUGUCCAUCGAGGUGUCUGGCACUACCGCUUUCCCAGGCAUCAGCAGCGACCCGCGGAACGUUUUCAUGCGCCGCGUGAAGACCAAGCCUGCAAGCGGAUAUGCGAGCAAGCAGUACAUUGCUUCCACAGGCAUCUUCGACUUUGGGCCACUUCUCGUGGGCCGCAGUCCAGAUGCAAGGAAAGAAGAAGGGGCAGACACGCACAUCAAGCAGCAUAUCGAGUGCUUCCGCAUCACCAACAACUCCCUGUUCAAGGCGGAGGCGGCCUUCUCCCUGGCCUCCGCCAAGGCCCAGGAGGACCCGAAGCCCGGAAAGCCAGGCAAGAAAGAAGCCCCGAGCUCCAACCUGGAGGAGUUCCCCUUCCUGUUGGAGCCAGCUCAGCUUGAGUUGGAAGUGGGGGAGACCAAGGAGCUGCAGGUGUGCUGCUUCCCGGUGAAAGAAGGCAGCUACAGCGAUACCAUCGUGGCAAAGAUCACGGACAACCCUGAGCCGGUGGAGUUUGCCAUAGCUGCCAUUGGGUCGCUUCCCAAGGUAUCGCUGGACAGCACGGAGCUAGACUUUGAUCGACUUUUGGUAAAGCAGCGUGCUGCCAACGGUGUCAAGGUCUCCAAUGUUUCAGCGGUGCCGGUCAAGUGGCGUUUGGAGGCAGCUGGCAGUGUUCCCGAGCCCUUCGAGAUUGAUGCCAUGGAAGGCGUGCUGGCGGUCGGAGAGGAGAAGCACAUCACCGUGGUCUUCCGGUCAGAGACGGCGUGCACGCACAAGUUCAAGAUGAGCCUGCAGAUUUCCGACACCGAGGGCCUCGAGGGCCUCCGGAAGUGGGAGAACACUGAAGACAUCACGGUCAACGCCGAGGCCUUCGCGGUGGAUGUGGUGCCGUCCUUCCCCAGCGAUGCUCAAGGGCUGGACUUCGGGGAUGUUCGAGUGGGAGCUGUGGUGGAGCAGACCUUCCAGGUGGCCAACAACGGGAAAUAUGCGGUCAGCUUUGACCUCAAGGUUCGGCGCAAGGUCAUCAAAGAGAUCUUGCAGAUCGACUACGGUGUGGUGCUGGAAGACGGGAAGUUGCCGGAGCUGCAGCCGGGCCAGAAGCAAGCCAUCAAGGUGACUGCCGUGACGCCCGUGGCCAUGCAAUGCCCAGAGCCGAAGCGCUUUGCACGGACCGGGCGCAACGAGGAGUUGGAGCUGUUGGUUUACGAUGCCAAGACAGGUGAACGGGUGCAAGUUGACACUCCACUGAUCCCAUUGACGCUUCGAGCAGUGUACAACUCCUUCAACCUGAACCCGCCGCGCGGGCUCAGCUUCGGGCCUGUGAAGAUCGGGGAAUCCGGCACCCGCGAGCUCGAGAUCUACAACGACGGGCCUUUCAAGUUCGAGUGGUAUGUCUUCAAUACUGCGGGCAGCAUGAAGAAGCCGGAGAAGGAGCUGUUGGUGGGAGACUUCAAGAUUACGCCCGCAGAAGGCAGCUUGGCGCCAAACGAGUCCGUGAAGAUCUCCGGCACGUUCACAGCCACGGAGCCCAAGUUUUGCGAAUGCAAGAUUGGCAUCCAUGUGGAUGGUUUGCCUGAUGAGCCUCGUUCAGGUAUCAGCCGCGCAGAGGGCGAAGGAGACACUGGCUUCAAGGAGUAUCUCCUCACUGCCCAGAGCUGCACCCCAGGCAUUGAUACGGAGAACAUGCAGUCAAUCUUUGAGGAGCAGUUUGUUGCACCAACCCUGGAGGAUGCCAUUGCUACAGCGGGCAGGAUUGACAUCCGCGCCUUCGAUGAGGAAGCUCGGUACUUCUCCUUUGGCCCUGUCUCCGUUCAAGGUCAGUCUUCACCGGACCAAGCACAGGAUGCAGCCAAGUUCCGCAUCACCAAUCCGAACCCCAUCCCGUGUGAUGUCAAGUUUGACAUCAAGCCCACCACUGCGCCAAGCGGCAAAGACGCCCCGGUGCUUCCCUUCGAGCUGUCCACGAAGGAUCUUCACAUCCCCGCGCACGAGUACCGCUACGUGAAAGUACGCUUUGCCCCUCAGGCCUUGCAGCGAUACUCCGCAAUGUUCGAAGCGGCGGUCCCGGAGGGCAAGGAUUCGAAGACCAACCUUCUGAAGUUCGAGAUGCGUGGCGAUGGAACUGUGCCAAGUAUUUCGAUCAACGGGCCAACGAUCUUUGGGGACAGCGGAGCGCAGUAUGACUUCGGCAAGCUCCGCAUUGGCAAGAAGCAGACCGUAGAGUUCAGCCUAUACAAUCAGGGCCAGAUUCCUGCAACGGCCCGGUGUGAACUGACGCCAAAUUCCCAUUUCACCGUGAGCUGUCCCAGGAGCAUUCCUUUGGAGCCGAAGGCGACGCAAAAGUUCCAGGUGGUGUUCCGCCCCAGCGAGCCUGGUGCACUGAGCACGUCGCUGCGACUGCACACUUUGCACAACUCCUUCGAGGACACCCGCGUGACAUUCGCGGGCCAGGGGUAUGUUGAGGAUGUGUGCUGGGAGCUUCCGGAGCCAAGCGAGCCGGCCAACCCGGGGGCACGAUCAGAUCCAGAUGUGCUCAACCUGGGAGAAGCUUGUGUUGGCAGCGAGUCAGUGGUGACCUUUCAGCUCAGCAACUCCGCGAACUCCACGCUGCGGUUCCACUUCCCGGAGACCGUUCCGGCGCCUCUGGCCGAGUGCCUGCGGAUCUCGCCCUCAGUGGGCCAUGUGCUGCCGGGCAUGAAGAAGCAGAUCACUUUCACCUACAAGCCCUUGGAGACCAUGAAAGCGGACGUGUCGCUGCCGGUUCACAUGGCUUCCAUCGUCCAAGAGGCUGGUGCGGAGGACUGGGACAACGCGCACAUGCCAGCGGAAGAGGGUGAGGAAGCGAAGGAGCCGGAACCUGCGCACGCACUCGUGGAGGGCUCCGAGCGAGAGAUGCCUCUGAGGACUCUCGCUGUGGCUGACCAGAUGUCCUACGAGUGUGGCAUUGAGAACAUCUUCUUCAGCCCCACGGUUCUCUUCCAGACCCGCCUGUACCGCUUCACAGUUACGAAUCCUUCAUCCAUUGCACUUCCCUUCAACUGGCGCGUGAUGCCGGCGACUUCAGAUGCUCGAGAUGCAAGUGGGCCGGCCAGACUUUCGGCUUAUUCGAUCAGCCCAGCCAAAGGCUCCAUCGCUGCUGGAGCCACGGAGGAGUUCCAACUUCUCUUCGCCCCGAAGGAGGUGGAAGAUUUUGCUGGGCUGCUGGAUAGCCGCAUGCCGCUGCAGGAGCCCCUGCGCAUCCCGUUGAACGCCUCAGCACUGCGCCCUUGGUGCCACUUCGAGGUGCCCAGCAGCGAUUACCGUGCGAGGCGUCAGGCCGAGACGUCUUUGGAUCCCAAGUAUCAGGUGAUCGAGUUUGAGUCCCUGGGCACCCGGGUCAGAAACACCAAGCGCUUCUACGUACUCAACCCCACAUCUGACACCUACGAGUUCAACUGGAUGCAGGAAGAAGUCGAAAGGAAGGAGAGCGAGGAUCCUUUCCGAUGCCUCACCAAGCGUGGUACCAUUCUGCCCGGCAAGAAGUACGAGAUGACCUUCGAGUACUUGCCAGCUGACACGGAGACCCACGAGUCGCGGUGGGUAUUCUCCGUCCCUGGCAAGCAGGCAUCUCAAUCCUUCGUUUUGGUGGGCACGGUGAAGGAGCCGCGCUUGGGCCUGGACCGGCCCUGCAUCAAGUUCAACCGGCUGCUUUUGGGCGCGCAAGCUGUGGAGAAAGUGUGCAUCAUCAACAAGGAGCACUUACCUUUCAGCUUCUCCUUCGACCGCAGCUAUAAAACGGAUGGCCAGCCAGCCAUCUCCCUGUCGCCUGAGAGUGGCGUCGUGGGACCAGGUGCAUCAUUCCCAGUGGAGGUCAGGUUUGCGCCAACUGACGAGAAGUUCUUCAACUACAACGUAAUGUGCAACAUCAAGCGCAAAGAUAAACCGCUGUUGCUGAACAUCAAGGGAGAAGGCUACAAGAUCCACACAAAGCUGGUGAUCGAUGAAGCCGACCGUGAAGGGCGACUGCUCCAUCCAGGUGUCAAGGAGCUGCUGGACUUUGGCGACCUGCAGGUGCAAGAGAAGCGGAGCUUCACGCUGAAGCUGAGCAGCCCCACUUUUGAGCGGGACCGCGCAGCGGAUACGGAGCAGGCCUCCGUGAGCUACGACUUCAUUUGGCAGCUGCGCAGCGCCUCGGGCCGCCUCAUGGCGCCACAAGCCGAAGCACCGCCCCACCUCACCAUCACGCCCGUGCAUGGCGUGGCCACCCAAGAGGCGGAGACUGUCAUCACCAUCGAGUACACACCGACAGAUGCUCACAAGCUGGACGGCGCCACGCUGCGGAUGCUCAUACCCUCAGGCCCAGACGAGUCCGGCUACACCUUGGCCUUGGCUGGACGUGCUUAUAGGCCGGCGCUGGACUUCUCCACGCUGAGCCACGACUUCGGCUCGUGCUUCGUGAAGCGAAUUGCCAGUGCAGGGGAGCCUGCCGGAGUGCCCAUGGAGCGAUUGGAUCUGACAGUCACCAAUCGAGGCGUCACAGACUGCUGGCUUUCCACGACCUUCCAGCGCACAAAUUACUUGGAUGUGCAACUGCCUGCUGUCAUGAUCGAAGCAGGGCAGUCAGUGGUGGUGCCCAUUGUGUUCACACCGAAAGAUUACGUGGAGUACAGGGAGCGCAUCGAGUUUGUGGUGAAUGACUGCACCAAGUACUACGUGAAUGUGCGAGGACAGGGAUGCCCCUUGCAGCUGGAGGCAGCUUCACUGGCAAUGCAGAAUGUGGACUUCGGGGUGGCUGUUGGCAAUCAAGGCGUUUCGCGAACUCUGCGGGUGGUGAACCGAUCGGUCCGCUCCGUGGAGUUUUCUUUGCAAGACGACGGCCAGCUGGCGGAGAAGUGCGUGUCGUGGACGCCACAGACGCCGGUGAAGCUGAGGCCCAAAGAGCAGGCGUCCUUUGAGCUACGCUAUGUGCCAUCAUUUCCAAUGCCCGCAUUCAAGCUGCCACUGGUCGCUAGUUGCAACUUUGGAAUUGACGUGCACCUUGGACAUGCCAGUGGUAGCUGCCACGCUGCUGAAGUGCGGCUUUCGGAGCACUCGAUUCUCUUCGGGGAUGUGGUGUUCGGCGCGGCGAGCACGAAGCUCGUGCACCUCCACAACUUCGGAGACUUGGGGGUGAAGUUCCGCUUCGACCUCCCGCCGAAGUCGCAGGGGCACUUCUCAGUGGAACCCGCUGAGGGCUACGCCGCGCCUCGAGAUGACGUGGUGCUGCAGGUGAGCUUCCACCCCCAGAGGUCCAAUUCCUUCGAUGGGCGGCCCAAGCGCCUUCGCUGCCUCUUGGAGCCCCAGUACCAGCAGGAGCCCAUUGAGCUGCUGGUGCAAGGGAAUGGGAUCGAGCAGCCUGAGGGAUCCACCAUUCCUUUGGCCUUCACAUCUGAAGUGCGCGAGAGGAAAACCCAAGAGAUCACAUUCCCGCCCAGUGGGAAGAAUACGAGCUCAGAAGCUUGGAAGGUGAAUCCCGUGAUCAGCACGGAGAUUCCGAAUAGUGAGCAGUAUUUCUCGUGCCCUUCGCAGAUUGUGGUGCCAGCGGGAGGUCAGGCCACGGUUCCAGUGACCUACCGGCCCCUCACAAUGACUCGGGUGGGUGACGAGGCUGAGGAGGAUGCCUCCAAGUCAAAGAAGGUUACACCGGAGAAGCACAUGGGCAGACUCUUCAUCGCCACCCCGGACGGCAAUGCCUUUGUGUGGUCGCUUGAAGGCACGUCGCAGCCUGGGCAAGAUCGGAAGCUGAGCGCAGAGGUGCAGUGCAAGACGCCUCACAUGCAGAGUGUGCCGCUCACGAAUUGGCUGCAGCAAGCCCAGCGAUUCCGGGUGGAGAUCUCUUUGGUGCAGCCAGCGCAAGCGACGGAGGAGAUCAAGCUGAAUGGAAUCGGCUCCUUCGAUGUGCCAGCAGGACAAGCCAAGGACUACAAGUUCAACGUCUACGCCUACAGGGAAGGCGCAGCCACGGUCAGAGUUCUUUUCACCAACCCCAAGACUGAAGAGUUCGUUGCCUAUGAGAUCAGCCUGAAGUUCGUCGCCCCAAAAUCCAUCGAGACGCUCCACUUCAACACGGUCUGCCGGCAACUGGCUUCACGGUCCAUCUCGGUCAUGAACCCUUUGACGUCCGUAGCGAAGUUCAAGUGCCAAGCCACGAACCCUGACAUCCGCUUCUCCUCGCCGGAGUUCUCUGUGGCGCCAAACUCCGAAGCGACGGUGGACGUCCUCUUCCGCCCGGUGAUGGCUGGCUCGGGCGAAGCCAAGGUCUCGCUCAGCUCGCCGGAGCUUGGUGACUUCCCGUACACGGUGGAACAUGUGGCAAAACCGGCAGGCCUGGAGAAGACCAUUGUCUUCAAAGCGCCGCUGGGAUCACUGGACUGCAUGCAGACCUUCCGGUUUUAUCACUACACGCAGAAAGCGACCACUUUCAGCGCAGCCGUGGAACCUGCUCCAGGCCAGAAGAGUUGCAGCGACUUCGUUCCAGAGGCCAAGGACGUGAAGGUGGAUGCUGCAGGUCCUGAUGGCCUGGAGGUCUCGGUGAAUGUGAAGUUUCAGCCCUCAGAGCUGGGAGAGAUUCGGGCGUUGCUGGUACUCACGUCUGCGGAUGGGGGCGAGUACAAAGCACUGUUGGUCGGCUAUGCGCAGCCACCGCAGCCUCAGGGGCCAGUAGAUGUGCCGAAGGGCAAGCCAACGAACGUGGACUUUCAGAAUCCCUUCCUGGAGCCAGUGGAGUUUUCGCUUCAGGUGGAUAACCCGAGCUUUCAGCUGGCGCAGCGGGCCUUCAAGCUGGAUCCCAAGAAGAACGUUCCGAUCCCCGUGUCCUUUGUCGGUGAUCGACCUCUCGGAGGUCGCCUCCUGGUGAGUACUUCACGGGUGUCUACGCCAUGGGUGAUCUUCCUCCAGGGCGUGAUGUGAAGUCAUGAGCCGAGGGUGUCCCACAGUCCAACGGCACAUUUCGGAAGCCGCUCGUAGGCGCACUCAACAUGUCAACCUAGCCCACUGGAAACGAGCUUGGCCCAGCAAUCUUCGAAUGAGCGGAGGUGGGGCCGAAAGUGUCCCAAAACCUGAGCCAAUCAGGCUUGGCAUCCCAAAAAGGGAUUGCCUGGGACGACUUUGCAGUGCGCAGCCUUGUACAGUGCAGCUGCGACUCUAUUGCAUGCCGCUCGUUUCUGAUUGUGGAUCGGAAACGGCAGUAGCCAGG